AUGGAAGAUGACGAAAGUGAUCAUGAGAUAUUGAAAGUUGAAGCAGACAAGGAAAUAAGGAUCAUUCUUAAAGACUCGUCAGAUGAAGUUUCUGUAGAGCUUAUUGAUGGGUCUGGAGAAAUAUUUGGGGUGGAAAUGAUAAAAAAUAAAAUAUAUCUAUUCACAUCCUCAUUUGUUGUUACUUCCUUUCAAGGUUGCACUCUGAAGUUAAGAGGAAAUAUAUCGCGGACGUGCACAGAAAAUCAUAAUCGUGAUAUUUACGAUCUCCAUUUAUUACUUGAAGAACGUCGUAAAUGUGCAGAUAAGAAUGGUGGUAAAGGACCUAUAACUCUGAUUGCUGGGCCAACUGAUGUCGGUAAAACCACACUUACUCGCUUAUUACUAAAUUACGCUAUUCAACUUGGAAGAAAACCUUUAUAUAUUGAUUUGGAUGUUGGCCAAAGUUCUAUUUCUAUACCAGGCACUAUAGGUAUUUUGCCUGUUGAAGAGCCUGGCGAUAUUGUCAAAGGUUUUAACGAUGCAAAAUCCUCAGUAUAUUUUUUUGGACAGAAAAGCCCAGGGCUGAAUAUGUUAUUAUAUUACCUACUUAUAAAGAAAUUGGGUGAAACUCUAAAUAAUCGACUUAAAAACUCACAAAAUAUAAUAUCUUCUGGUGUAAUAGUAGACACUUGUGGAUGGGUUACAGGUGGUGGAUACAGGUCUAUUGUAUUAGCAGCAAAAUCAUUUGAAGUAAAUUUACUAAUAGUUUUAGGUGAUAAGAGAUUGUAUGCUGAUUUGAAAGAAGAUUUUCCUGACACUGAUAUAAAAUUUAUUCAUAGAUUGAAAGGUGUUGUGGAACGUACUAAACAAGUUAGAGCUGAAAGACGUGAUAAUUUAGUGCAUGAAUAUUUUUAUGGAUCACAGAUUCCUUUAAAACCAUACACUUUUGAUGUCAAAUUUUCAGAUGUACAAAUCUUUCAAGUUUCUUCUCCUGCAUAUAAAGUUCAUAUUGAUAUGCUCCAAGAGGCUGAUCAACAUAUUUCUCUUAUACCAGUGUCAAUUUCAAAUAAUCUUCGUAGCCAUAUCCUCGCACUUAGUUAUGCUGACAGUGUUGAUGAUAUAAUGCUAACAAGUGUUUUGGGAUUUGUUUGUGUUAAAUCUGUUAACAUGGAUCAACAAAUUUUUACAGUGUUAUCUCCACAACCAAGUCCAUUACCAAAAAAUUUAUUGCUUAUGGGUGAUAUACAAUAUAAUCGAAAAAAUAAAUCUAAAUCAUGA